AUGGACCAGGAGGAAGGCCGUCAAAAGGCAGGCUUCAAAGGCAGGAACUUUGUAUAUAUGGACCGCAAGUUCUGCUCCAAGUUCUACUGGAAGGGCUACAGCUCGAUCAUUGGCGACGCACCCUGCGAGCGAUGGCAGGCCGACAGCGAUCUGGACACGGCUGACGAGGACUGUCUGGGAUUGGACCCCGCGUCACUGGUGGUCGUGGGCGACACGCCGCCACCACGUCCCUCCGAACAGGCAUUCCCCAACAAGUUUAGUGAUCGAUCACUAGUUGGCUUUGUAUAUUGGAGUAGCUACUGUGAAGGACCACCCGAGUGUGUCCACGGUGGUGCAUUGGCCAGUGUCUUUGACGAUUAUGGAGAACAACCUGUACAACUUAAAAAGUAUGCAGUAACAGUUAAUCUAUCGGUAAACUACAAGAAGUUUGUACCAUUGCUAUCAGUGUCAUUGAUAGAGGCAUGGAUAGAGAGACGAGAGGGCAAGAAGAUAUUCAUAAAGUCAACAAUGAAGGAUCAGAAUGGUAUAGUUAGAGCAGAGGCCACAGCAAUCUGGGUGGUAGUCAACAUGCCAUCAGACUCUCAACUCAAUCCAUUCUCUUCAAUCUCUACGCCGACACCAUCAGGUUCACCAAGAUUACAGUAG